AUGCCGCUUCACCCCGAGGCUUUCGGAGCCAUGCUUCCUCGGGAUAGUAACCAAAAAGAUGCCGGCCAGGAGCUCAUCGACCUUCUGAAAAACCCGUUCGUGGCUGACAAGCUUGCCACGACCUCCGUAUACUCUGCCUUGGCCACAUCCCUUGGCGUAACAGCGUUCAUUGCCAUAUGCUUCUCCUUUAUUCGUCCAUAUCACCAAGCUAUAUACGCCCCAAAGUCAAAACACGCAGACGAGAAACAUGCGCCGCCGCCGAUAGGAAAGGAGCCGUGGGCUUGGAUCACGCCUCUCUUGAACACGAAGGAGGUGACACUCAUGAAUCAGAUUGGCAUGGACGCGACUAUAUUCUUGCGCUUUACCCGUAUGUGCAGAAACAUGUUCUUGAUGUUGGCUCUCAUUGGUGUGGGCAUUCUUGUCCCUGUCAAUUUGACCAACUUCAAAGAUUUUGGGACUGCUUCGCGUCCCGAUACAACCGAGUGGAUGUUGAGGAUCACGCCUCGCAACGUUUUUGGCUCGCCUCAUUGGGCCUUGGUGGUCGUUGGUUACUUGUUCAACGUUGUUGUCAUGUCUUUUCUGUGGUGGAACUACCGCAAAAUUCUUGAUCUGCGCAGGAAGUAUUUUGAGUCGGAGGACUACCAAAACAGCUUGCAUGCUCGUACCCUCAUGCUUUUUGACAUUCCUCCCCAGGGACGUUCCGACGAAGGAAUUGCGAGAAUCAUCGACUCUGUCGUGCCCAACUCGUCGUUUGCAAGAACCGUGGUGGCACGAAAUGUCAAGGACCUGCCUGAACUGAUCGAAGAGCAUGAAAACACCGUCCGCAAGUUGGAAAAGGUCCUCGCCAAGUAUCUGAAGGACCCGCAGAACAUACCGGCAGCACGGCCAACCUGCAAGGCUUCCAAAAAGGACAGGUCCUUCGAUACGUAUCCGUCCGGACAACGACUGGAUGCCAUUGACUACCUCACACAACGCAUUCGGGAACUUGAGGUUGAGAUCAAGGAAGUCCGAAUGAGUGUUGACAGGCGCAGCACCCAGCCGUAUGGCUUCGCCAGCUAUUCGGAGAUUGCCGAAGCGCACAGCAUUGCGUACGCCUGUCGAAAAAAGAGGCCCUACAAAGCGACGGUGAGGCUCGCUCCUCGACCAACCGACAUCAUCUGGCGCAAUAUGCCUCUUUCUCGUGCCACACGCAGUCGAAGAAGGUGGAUCAACAACCUGUGGAUUGCCGUCCUGACUAUUCUGUGGGUUGCGCCCAACGCCAUGAUCGCCAUCUUUCUAGUCAACUUGAGCAAUCUGGGCAAGGUGUGGAAAGCUUUUCAGACGUCGCUCGAGACGAACAUUGGUGUUUGGGGUAUUGUGCAAGGUAUUGCCUCACCUGCCUUGACGUCGUUGGUUUACCUGGUUUUGCCCAUGAUCUUCCGUCGACUUUCAAGCAAGGCCGGUGACCAAACAAAGACGGGCAGAGAACGACACGUGCUGGGCAAGCUUUACGCUUUCUUCGUUUUCAACAAUCUUGUCGUCUUUUCCUUUUUUGGUGUCUUGUGGACCUUUGUUGCUGGGGUAAUCAAGGCCACCGAGGGUCAAAACGGCUCAAAGAAGGAUGCGUGGUCCGCCAUCGUCGAGGCGGAUCUCGCGCAAAACAUCCUCAUAUCGUUCUGCAACAAUAGCAUCUUUUGGGUUACUUACUUACUCCAACGACAACUGGGCGCGGCUGUCGACCUCGCCCAAAUAUGGCCACUCAUUGUCGCCUUCUUCCAAAAGAAAUUCUCGAGCCCAACGCCCAGAGAACUCAUCGAGCUCACAGCCCCGCCCCCGUUCGAAUAUGCCAACUACUACACAUACUUUCUUUUCUACUCGACGGUCACGCUUUGUUUCGGUACCAUUCAGCCCCUUUGUCUUCUCGCAACCGCCAUGUACUUUUCCAUCGACUGCUACCUCAAGAAGUAUCUGAUUCUGUACCGAUUCGUCACCAAAACAGAAUCCGGCGGGUUGUUCUGGCGAGUUAUUUUCAAUCGCAUGAUUCUCGGAGCCAUCCUCGCUAACGGCGUGGUGCUUCUCACAACCUGGGCCCGCGGGGACGGCACUCGGAUGCAGUUUUAUGCCGUGUGCCCGCUACCAUUCAUGUUGAUUGCGUUCAAGGUUUACUGCUCCAGGACAUUUGACGACAAGAUGCGAUACUACAGCACUCAAUAUUUGUCGCGGCACCCGGAAACUGGAAUGCAAGGCGAGUCUCGAAGCCGUGGCGACAAAUUAGCAAGUCGUUUCGGACAUCCUGCGCUCUACAAGCCCCUCAUUACUCCAAUGGUGCAUCAGAAAGCACAGAACCUCCUACCCUCCGUGUACCGCGGCCGACUGACAGACGGCCGCGACAGCGAUUGCGCCGAUUUGGCGACUGUCAGCGGUUACUCGGACAUGUAUGCGUUGGAUAGCAUGAAGGGCGGCAAACGGGGUAAAGCGGCAAACGCCGUGCCUGGCUUUGAAUACGUCUCGGACGCGCAGAUGGACUUCCAGUACUACAAGAACCGAGCAGAAUUCGCUGACGAACACGGCGGAGGCGAAAUAUACGGCAAGGGAAGCGACAUCAUGCGAGUAGGGACGCCAGGGUCGUUCGAUGACAUGGAUAGUAUCCGUUCCGCCUCACGCCCUGCCUCCCCUAUGAUGAGCGGCCUCGGCGGCCCAUCAAGCUCGGCUUGGCUUCUUGGGAGCUCCAAUGCCUCCAGAUAUUGA